AUGAUAGCAAUUACAAUUACUUGUAUUUCAUAGGAAAAGCAGGAAGCAAUCAUACUUUCUCAAGUCUAUGACUCAAGUCAAAUCAAUCUAUUUCACAGGACCUUUGCUAAAAAAGUACUCAAGAAUGGAAGCAAAGAGUUGACAGAGAGCUUGAUGGAAAAGUUUAAUCCUCACUACCAUGGUAGUACUUUUCAUGUUCUCUAGGAAGGAAAAUAUGAACUUUAAGCAUUUGUUUCAUAUAAUGGACUGAUAUGUAUGAUUGCAGCCUAAAAUGGAAAAUUAGCAGAAAGAUAAUCAAAAAGCAUAUUGAGUGCAUGUAUCAAUGAAUUUGAAUCAUAGUAUGGAUAUGGGAAGAUAUAAAGUACUUAUGAGGAAGAUUAAAAUCUAGAAUUACCAAUAAUGAGUGAAUUUCUAAAAUCCUUUAAUAGUGGCAAGCUAGAUAAUGAUAAAUUAGACGUAGCUUUUGACAAAGUAAAAUAUGUGAAGAAUAUAAUGCAUGACAAUGUCAAAGCAUUACUGAGGAAUACUGAUGAUUUAAAUGAUUUAGACAAGGCAGCUGAAGAAGUAAAGGAAAACGCUAAUUAAUUCAGAAAAGUAGCCAGAAAAAAGAAAUGCUGUGCAAUAUUUUGA